UUGGACAGUUACUUUCACAGAGCACCACCCCCGGCCUCUUAAGACCUUCCCGUCAUUGGAUGCGUUAGGCCCCGCCUACCAUCUUCCGCACCCAAUAAGAGAUCUACAUCCGGGUCCGGAGGCGUUGCAGCUGAUAUUUGGCCCAAUAGAAGCCUCGCUGGUGGGGGGCGGCGGAGGGAAGAGCUGGGGGCGGGACGGAGCCUGCGAGAGAACCGGCAGGAAAGAUGGCUGUCCUCGCGCCUCUGAUUGCUCUGGUGUACUCGGUGCCGCGGCUUUCUCGAUGGCUGGCCCGACCUUAUUGCCUUCUGUCUGCCCUGCUCUCCGCUGCUUUCCUCCUCGUGAGGAAACUGCCGCCGAUUUGCAACGGUCUCCCCACGCAGCGCGAAGAUGGUAACCCGUGUGACUUUGACUGGAGAGAAGUGGAGAUCCUGAUGUUCCUCAGUGCCAUUGUGAUGAUGAAGAACCGCAGAUCCAUCACUGUGGAGCAACACGUAGGCAACAUCUUCAUGUUCAGUAAGGUGGCCAACGCAAUUCUUUUCUUCCGCCUGGAUAUUCGAAUGGGUCUACUGUACCUCACCCUCUGCAUAGUGUUCCUGAUGACCUGCAAGCCCCCCCUGUACAUGGGUCCUGAGUACAUCAAGUACUUCAAUGAUAAAACCAUUGACGAAGAACUGGAGCGGGACAAGAGGGUCACUUGGAUUGUGGAGUUCUUUGCCAAUUGGUCUAAUGAUUGUCAGUCAUUUGCUCCCAUCUAUGCUGACCUGUCCCUCAAGUACAACUGUACAGGGCUAAAUUUCGGGAAGGUAGAUGUUGGACGCUAUACUGAUGUUAGCACACGGUACAAAGUGAGCACGUCACCCCUCACCAAACAACUCCCUACCCUGAUCCUGUUCCAAGGUGGCAAGGAGGUAAUUCGGCGGCCACAGAUUGACAAGAAAGGACGAGCCGUCUCUUGGACCUUUUCUGAGGAGAAUGUGAUUCGAGAGUUCAAUUUGAAUGAACUCUACCAACGAGCCAAGAAGCUGUCAAAGGGUGGAGACAGUGUGUCGGAAGAGAGUCCUGUGGCCCCUGCUCCCUCUGCUGUGCCGGAUGGGGAAAACAAGAAGGACAAAUAGGGUCCUGCAUUGUUCUUGCUUCUGUCAGUUCCUGGCACCUUUGAGGCCCAAUUCCAGCUGUAACCACAAUCCUUGCCUGAGGCUGUGGCCAUUUGUUUUCUCCUGUUGGGCUGUGCCUGGGUUGGGGCAGGGAGCCUGCUUCUGGGUUUUAAAGAAGCAUCUAACGAACUAUGAAGCAUUCUAUGGAAAGGCUGUUAUGCCUCGGCCAAGUGUUUCUGGAAGGGAGUGAUCUCAUAGACAGAGGUAGAAAUGGUUUCCCUCCAAGGUUGGGUCAGCGUGUAAACUGCUAUUCAACGCUUGGAUAUCACCAGUCUGUGGUUUCAUUAUUCCUCCUAGUGAGCCUGCAAAGCAUAAACUAAAUUAAACUCUAAUAUUAGAUGUCAGAA